AUGACCGACCUUCUCGACCCAUCAGCGCUGCUGCACGUCCUGCAGCAGCUGCUUCCUUCUUCCGAGCCGCAACUCCGCUUGCCAUCCGAUGCACUUUCCGCCAUAAUCCAUACCAUCAUGACCCGUCUGGACUUCCGACUCACCGGUCUCUCUGAAGAUGAUCUUCUGCUGCAACCUUCCUCAGACGAGUCAUCUUCUUCCUCCUCAGGCGCAACCUCAACCAACAAGCUCCCCGCAGAAUGGAACAGCAAAGGGCCCGACCACUACUCGUUCCGCUACAAGCACCACCAGUCCUCCCUCGACUACCUCGUCAAAAUAGUCAAACUCGGCAACAAGGCUGUGAUACAUGGCAUCGCCAUGCAAGGAAGUAAGACGAGUACGAUGGAAAUCCCACUGAGCGAUUAUCUCUCGCCUUCGUUCUUCCCCUAUCCGCACGCUAAGAAGGAGGGUGAGAGAGAUGAGCCGUUGGUGAAUGGAUUCAUUGGAAGUUCGAGGCUGAAGGAUCUAGUGAUUGCGUACAAGACACAGAUCCUGCAGACACUCGUGCCAGGGUUGAGGAAGGAUGGGUACACCGAAGAGUCGAGCUCUAACACUGGCGAUGGUCGCAACAACCCUUCAUCCUCUUCGUCCUCGACUCAGCCAAACAGGCCCAACCAACCUCGUCCGCCCUUCGCAGGAGACGAAGACGAUCCGACAUACCCCUCUCAACCGUCCUUCCGUAAUCCACUCACCAUCGGUGAUCGAGACUUGGACCCACUGGGAGGCUCACUCUUAGCCAUGCCCCCACGUUUCGGCGGAGGAGGAAGUAGUGCUCCCCCGCCCCUCUUCCCAGGCGGAGACACGGGUGGAGGCAUGUUCGUCGGUCCCGACCAUCCCAUGUUCCGCGAUCGAUUCCGACCUAAUCACCCAGAGGCUGGUCCUACAGGGCUGCCUCCUGGUGCUGUGCCACCGGGAGCUAGGUUUGAUCCGAUCUAUCCUUCAGGUGGAGGACCGUUUGGUCCAGAUGGUAAUAACCCGGAUGUUGGCGGAGCAAGGCCUCAGGGUGGGAGAGGUGGUCCAACGAGUGGUGAGCCUGAUUGGGAUGAAUUAGCGCCUCCGCGAGGUGAGAAUCCCAUUGGUGGUGGAAGGGGAGGUAGAGGUGGAUUUGGAGGCGGGUUCGGCGGACUCGGCGGUGGUGGAAGAGGAGGUCCUCCUCCUGGUGGAUGGUACUCUUGA